UUUCUCUCUAUUUUUUUUUUGGAGGCAGGUAGCAAGCAAAGAUAAAACCAAUGGAAGAAAAAACAAAAGAUAAAAUAAAUACAAAAAGUCAUCACACCUGAGUUGAGAACCAGCGCGAAACAUAACAAUUUUCCGCCUCGCUGGACAAUCGACAAGUGUGCCGUGAGCUCCGAUCCGGGAAAUUUCACAAUAUCCCCCCCGUGAGCUUAUAAAACGAACAAAGGAACCCACAAAGCCUCUCUCCAUUUUCUGGCCAUUCAAUUUUCCCCAGGAUCGGUCUCUUUGUCGCCGUUUUAAGGAUCUUGUUCCUUUUUUUUUUUUUUUCGAAACUCGACUCUAGCCAAGCUUUGUUUUAUUUUUGCCCAUCAGGUUCUCUGCUGCUGGGUUAACUUGCAAUCAUGGCUACCAUCAUUCUUGGAUCCCAAUGGGGAGAUGAAGGCAAGGGCAAGCUGACUGACAUACUUUGCCCUUCGGCUGAGAUCUGCGCCCGCUCUGCUGGCGGUCACAAUGCCGGACACUCGAUCGUCGCCCAGGGCGUCUCGUACGACUUCCACCUCCUGCCCUCGGGCCUCGUCAACCCGAAAUGCAUGAACCUGAUCGGAUCGGGCGUCGUCUUCCACGUCCCUUCCUUCUUCUCGGAGCUGGAGAAGCUCGAGGCCAAGGGCCUGACGGGUGUGCGUGACCGCAUCUUCGUCAGCGACCGCUGCCAGGUCAACUUUGAUCUCCAUGCCGCCGUCGACGGUCUCGAGGAGGUCGAGCUGGGCGAGCGCAAGAUUGGAACCACAGGAAGGGGUAUCGGACCGAGCUACAGCACCAAGGCUUCUCGCAGUGGUGUGCGCAUCUCGGAAGUUUUUGACGAGGCUGUGUUUGAGAGGAAGCUGCGCCAGCUGGCCGACGGAUACAGGAAACGGUUCGGAGAUCUGCUCAAGUACGAUGUCGAGGAGGAGAUUGCACGCUUCAAGGAAUACCGGAAGUUGCUCCCCAACUAUGUCGUCGACGCUGUCAAGUUCAUCAAGGACGCCCAGGACCAGAACCGCAAGAUUUUGAUCGAGGGCGCAAAUGCGCUGAUGCUUGACAUUGACUAUGGCACUUACCCCUACGUCACUAGCAGCAACCCCUGCCUCGGAGGUAUCAUCACUGGUCUGGCAAUCAACCCAAGAAAGAUUGAGACAAUCGUCGGCGUCGUAAAAGCCUACACGACAAGAGUAGGUGACGGUAUCUUCAAGACGGAGGAUGAGGGCGAGAUUGGUACCAAGCUGCAAGACAUCGGUCGGGAAUGGGGUGUCAGCACUGGUCGCAAGCGACGAUGCGGCUGGCUUGAUCUUGUCGUGGUCAAGUACUCUGCUGCCAUCAACCACUACACUUCCCUGAACCUGACCAAGCUCGACGUUCUCGACACAUUCCCAACCCUGAAGGUGGCCGUUGGGUACAAGGACCCUGCCACGGGCGAGGAGCUGGACUUCUUCCCGGCGGACCUGUCGCUGCUCGAGCGCUGCGAGGUCGUCUACAAGGAUUUUGAGGGGUGGAACACACCCACAACGCACAUCAAGAAAUUCGAGGACCUGCCGGUACAAGCGAGACAAUACGUGGAGUUUAUCGAGGAGUAUGUUGGCGUCAAGGUUGGCUGGAUCGGCACGGGCCCAGACCGCGAGGAUAUGAUAUAUCGAUGAGUAACUAUGAGUGGGUGGCGGUAGAAAGGGUGCAAAGCGAAGCGGCAAAGACCUUUGACGAUGGUUGAUAGAAAAUAAUAGAUUCUAAACCGAUUACCGUGAA